AAGAGAGAGAGGGGGACACGUGUGUGUGUGUGUGUGCGUGCGUGCGUGCGUGCGUGAAGAGAGAGAGAGGGAGAGGAAACUGCAAAAUCUGUCAAGGUUUCCAGUUUGGUUAUUCCUCUCGACGCCUGUGCACCGCUGAAUCUGGUCGCGUGGUAGAGGAUGAGUUCCUUCAGCACCAGGGCUCUAACGCUCCUGUCGUCUGUGUUUGGGGCAUGCGGGCUGCUACUGGUGGGUGUAGCUGUGUCUACAGACUACUGGCUGUUGAUGGAGGAAGGCAUCGUUCUGCAGCAGAACCAGACCACAGAAGUAAAGAUGGCUCUGCAUUCUGGACUCUGGAGGGUCUGUUUUGUCGCUGGGCCAGAGAAGGGGAGAUGUGUGGCAUCUGAAUACUUCACCGAGCCAGAGAUAGAGAUCACUACUGAGAACACAGCAAAUAUACUGAAAAUGGUCAGGACGGCCACCCCCUUCCCCAUGGUCUCGCUUAUCUUUGUUUUCACGGCCUUCGUCAUAAGUAACAUCGGUCAUAUCCGUCCGCAGCGCACCAUUCUGGCCUUUGUCUCUGGAAUAUUCUUCAUCUUAUCAGGUUUGAGUUUAGUAGUUGGUCUGGUGUUGUAUAUCUCCAGUAUAAACGAUGAGGUGAUGAACAGACCACGGGAAGCAGAGCAGUUUUUUCACUAUCACUACGGCUGGUCGUUCGCCUUUGCUGCCAGCUCCUUCCUACUCAAAGAGGGUGCUGGGGUCAUGUCUGUCUAUCUCUUCAUGAAACGCUAUGCAGAAGAGGAAACGUACCGGCCACAUCCUGCACUCUAUCGUCCCCGUCUGUCUGAAUGCAGCGACUACAGCGGCCAGUACCUUCACCCGGAGUCAUGGCCGCCUCCUCAGCGUGGACGCAGUGCUUCUGAGGUGUCCAGCGACAUCUCCAUUCAACUCAACCAGACCCCUCUGCCUCCCCAGACAAAGAGCGGCGGUCACUCCAAUCCAGUCUCUUCAUCAGGGCCCUCCUCCGCGGCCAGCUAUCAUCUCCCACCUGCUUCCUCUUCCUCCUCUUCUUCCUAUCCUCACACCCUCCACUCCUCCCAUUCUGGUGGCCCCACCCCUCAUUCUCUUCCAAUGGCCACGCCCCCAUCAGCAGUGCCACCGCCUCGCUACCACGCCCACAUGCGUAUGAGCGCUUCCCCGUGUUAGAGGAAAGUGUAACUUUUAACACUAUGUAGGAGGGGGGCUAGAGAAAGGGGCAAGUGGGGCUUUGAUACAGAGACAAAAGGAGCAAAAUUAAGAUAAAGGGUGCUAAAAAGAUGUAAAGGACGCCCUUCACUUACAGUUCUGUGCCUGAAUCUGAUGUUUUAACAGAUUCUCAGAGUGAGAUUAAAAAGUGAGGGAAUAGAGGUAGGCUAUUAGUAUUUAAACGCAGAAUGUACAGCAUGGAGAAGAAAGAUAAGUUAGACUGAAAGAGAAAAAAAUACAAAAUGACUUGCCGAGCAUAGUUGAGAACAGAUGUACAUAUUAUAAAUAUAUAAAUUUAUAUAAAAAAUGUAUCAAUCUUAACUGCAAUCUUAUUGUACUCCAUAACUUCUUUUCCCUCUUGUAUCUGAUAUAUCAUGAAGACAUUUUACAUCUUUAUCAUAACUUCCUGAAAGAAAGACUAUUUAUACCAUCUAUUUAUAGUCUUGUUUGUACUGAAAUGCAAAAAGAAACAAAUCUGGAUUUCUUUAUAUAGUCUGGAAGAAUUCUUUAAAUGGACAUGAAUGAUCAAUUCUGUACAUAAAUAGGAGACCUAUUCCCAAGGGUUGUAUAGUAAUGUAGUGUAGUCAAGCCUUUUUUGUCUACAUUUUGUCAUCUGGGUAUUGGAAACUUAAGGUGCGAGGGGAUCCGUGACUGUUUUGUCUUUUCCUAUCAAUUUGUAAUGUUUUUAGAUUUGUACAUGAGGGUAGAUGUUCUAAAACACUGGCUGAUCUUUACCAUCUCAAUGUUGUACGCUUGGCCCCAUGGCCCUCAAUAUGCCUUGUGUUUUCGUGUUCUCUCUCAUAUUCAAAAACUCUUUUGUCAACAACAAAAAAGAAGUGUAGCACGACAUAAAGAUAAAACAUACUAAAGAUUUUUAGCUUUUAUAACGGAGGCUGUAUCUUCAGCUCUUCGGCUCCUAUGAACGCAGGAGAUGUAGGGUAUUCUUUGUUAGGAUACGGAACUGUUCAAUCAUCAUCUUAAAAAUGCAGCUAUUAUUUAUCUUUCUUUAAUGCUAUUAGAAAUCUUACGAUUAACUUUACUGUUUAUAUAUAAAAAUGACUUGUAAACCUACUAAUACACUGAAACUAUUUUACAUGUAUAACAUACAGCAAAUGAAUAUAUGUAAUAAAUUCAUAUGACAAGAACAGACUGUAUAAACAGAACUAUAAAUCAGGCAGAAUAUGUUUCAAAAACGACCCAUAUGGCUUAGAUGUCCUCAUAUGGCCCAUUGCAACAUAAUGCUUUAGAGAAAUAAGUAUAUGAGGAACCUAAUUUACAGAAUCAAAAAUAUCGCACAAUGCAAUAUGCAAUGCAAUGUUCUCGUCUGCUGAUAUCAUUUUCUUGUUCACAGCAAGUAAAUGAGAUUUGAAAAUGAGUUUAACACAUUAUUAUGCCCUUGGUGUCUAGCGCCAUCUAGCAGUAUGUCAUCAAUACUACAUCAAAUAAUCUUAAAUCUGCCUGAAGUACCUGGUGUGAAUCUGCAACACGGGCUACAUGACAUCUGUAUUCAAUCCAUUGACUAAAAUGAGGCAGAUGACUAAAUCCUGAGUCAGCACUUCCAUACCGAGUGCCUGCAGAUGCUGCAUUAAAUGAGCAUUGCAGCAAAUUGAACCUCAAUACGUUUGUCACACCAAAAAAUCUUCCCGUCGUUCUAAAGUAGGCCUAUAUCAAAUUGAAUAUUGAAGAAAAUAUUUACAUUUAUAUUUAUUAAUUGCGAAUGUAAGUAUUCAUCAGUUACCUUCUAUAAUUCCUAUUUUAAAUCCAAAAAUGUAUAUUCAUGCAUAAAGCAUGAAACAUUCCCAGACUUCUGUAACUGAUUGCAUUCUUGUGUGUAAAUAUUCAAAACAAAUGGUGAUGAUAGAUAGAUAAAUAGUAAUGGAAACCAGGACUGGCUCCUGCUGGAUAGUAAAGAAAUGCAUAUAACAAUUUAUAACCUACAAUACCCAUAUUGCAGGUGGGAUAUGCAGAAAUAGUUAUUAUAUGAUAGAUUAUAUGAAAAAUGAAAAGUGAAAUGGAAAUAUUUAUUCAUUUAGGUAUAGCUGAAGAUGGUAUACUGUAAGUAAAAACUGUGAAUAUCUGUUUUGUUUCUUAUCUUUUAUUAAUAAUGGCUUUAGAAAAGGCUUUCUGCUCUCAAGGUUCCGGCUGACAUUUGUUGUACUGCGUUCUGUACUGAGAGGUUUGGCUUAUAAAUAUGUAUGUACCAUUUUGCAUGGCAUUUUUCUUCUUCAUACCCUUUUUCAUUUUUGUGCUUUAUCCCUCUGGGCUGUUCUGUCUUGAUUUGACUCUCUCAGAGUUCCAUUAGGCUAAAGCUGCCUUACUCAUUUGCCUUGUCUUUUCCUCUUUUACACCUCAUCUCUCUCUCUCUCUCUCUCUCUCUCUCUCCUUCUAUUUUGUUCUUUUCAAAAGUUCAUUCCAAUGCCAAAGCAAGUGUGCCUGAUACUUAAGAUGAUGAUGACAGUUUGUUAUUAUUAUUAUUUAUCCAAUGGGUGGCAUUCUUUGUAAUCUGGUAUUUGCGUAAUAAAAUAAAAAAUUGAAAACAAAA